AUGAGAAAAAAAUCCUUUCAGUUCUAUUUUUCAGUGUAAGUAAUUACUGCCCAAAGUGGUUUCACAUCCUGACCUGCACUACGGCUAAGUCAUUCCAUUUAGGGAUUCAGUUCAGUACAUACCACAGGCACUUUGCUUGCACAUGAUCCUAUUUCAUUUAGCCUUGUCGCCUUUGGGAUUAUCAUACCAUUUUCACAAGAUUUUUAAGGCAAUUUUAUUAAGCCUGUCCACUCACAGACUAUUACCUUUCACUAAUAGCUUAUUAAAACAGUGUGAUAACCUCCUGUCUAUUUAAACUCUCUGAAGUUAAUCGUCAUAUCAGGAGAAGCCAGCAUUUCAAGAUUUGUUUUAUGAGGAUAUACCUUUCCAUAUCAUGUUGAAAUAGACAUACUGAUUUUGCUUUAGCAGUUCUACACUGUGUAAUCACACCUAGAAUACAGGUGGAUCACUGGCACAGAAUUAGGAUAAUAUCAGUUGAAACGACUAGGAGGUAGAUUGCCAAAAUGCCAUGGUUCCAUCAGCAUGUGCCUGUUAAAUUGAGUAUAGGAUUUCUAUUCUUCCUUCUCAUAUGGAACUUGGCUGCAGGCAUAAAAGGAGAAAAUAAAAAGGAGAAGAACGUGCCAGUGCUGGCUACUGCAGAGCUGCCUGCCAAAUCAAUUGAUCUGACUGCUAUUAACCUAACUGAACUAGUGAAUGGAAUGUUAAAUACAGCUCUCAAAGGUACGAAAAAAUUCUUCUCUUUGCUGAGCAUUACCUCUUAUAGCUCAUUUGCCUUCCACAAAGUUUCGGUCGCCAUUUAUAACAUUUCUAACCUGAAAAAUGUUGACCCCAGCAAGUUCCCCAUGAGGUAUUGCUACUGUUUAAACAACGUAACAAACGACUUAACAGAUUUUACAGCUUUACUUGUUGAUAUUAUUGGAAACUCCACCAGUUACCUCACAGAAAUUUUCAAAUCUACCUCCAUAGUCUCAGUGAGUCAGAGCAAUGAUUCAGACUGUAUCUAUAUCUGCGUGAUGGCAGGCCGAACAGGCAGAAAUAUGUCUGACUUUUGGGAAAUGAUAGAGCAGUUUCCUGUUAUUAAUUACACAUUUUCCAGUAAUAUGUCUGCACUCCUGGAUGUAGAUUCAAUUCUUCCCAGCUUGAUGACCUUACGAGAAGACCCUGACAAAAUCAUGGAUGAGCCCCCUGAAGAUAUUUGGACAUUUAAAACAACAAGGAUGCCUUCCUGGGCACAGACUAUUGCACGGAAAGGAGAUGAAAUCCUCGCUACACAAUUUCCCAUGUGGCCAAAGACUGUUGGUCUGAAAGGAUCUGGAUUUCCAAUUCUGCAAUUGCCCUUGUGGUCACAGACAGAUGCUUCAAAAGGACAUGGCACUACAAGGCCACCUGCUACUACUGUGGAAAGAUCUGAUAUUUUACCUAAAAUCCAGCCAACUACUGAAAUGUAUCCACUCUGGACACAGCCAGCUCCUCCUGAAGUAGACAAAGUACCUAUCCAAACAGAGGCGGCCCUGCCUUCUUCAUUGUUGUCCACCCCUGUAGACAAGCCUGAAGUGUUACCAAAACUUCAUUCAGCUUCUAGCGGCCAAGAAUUGGACCCCCCAGCCCAUCUGCCAGAACUUCCACUUGCACCUGAGAAAAAUCUGAACAAUAUCACGUUCUUCAAUGGGGUCUUUCAAAAUGUGGACAGUGUUGCACUGUUUUUCGACUGCCUGGGUUCUCACUUCACUUGGCUGCAGUCCCUAUUCACUAACUUCCCUGCCCUGCUCCAUUUCGUGAGCAAAAUGAGAUGUGUCACCGGACUUUGCCCCCGGGAUUUCGAAGACUAUGGCUGCUCUUGCCGGUUCGAGAUGGAAGGCCUCCCUGUGGAUGAGGCAGACAGCUGCUGCUUCCAGCACCGCAAAUGCUACGAAGAAGCUGUGGAGCUGGAGUGCUCAUGGGACCCUGCAAAGAUUUCUACGGACCUCAGCUGCCUUACUAAAAACAUUACCUGUGAAUCAGGGGAUCCUUGUGAACAGCUUCUCUGCGGUUGUGACAAAGCUGCUAUUGAGUGUUUUGUCCAUUCACACAUUAACUCUUCCUUGAACGGCCUGGAUGUCUCCUUCUGUCCAGCUCAGGUUACAGAAACAACUAGCAAGAAAGGAUUAACAACACAUCACAUUGAAGAGCUUCUUUACCACAGGGGUGAUAAACCACUACUGACAACUAUUUCCAUGGCAGAAGGCAUUCCACCUGCAGCCAGCCAUGCCAGCUUGAGAACCCCCACAUCGGCGUUUACUCCCCGAGGGCUUGGCAGUGCACAGGGGAGAACGCCCAAAGCAGAAGUUAUCGCAAGAGAUCACGAAGGUAUCUCUGCUUCCUUCAUGGAUCCCACACUAAAAGUUACUACAAUGAAGAUCACAGUCACACCCACAGCUGGAACGAAAAUUCAGAGGGGCCAGGCAGGCGAUGUAAUUGGAAAGGUACCUUCAGCUGUCUCUGAGGAUGCUUUCCUGAUGGAAGGGACAACCACAGCUACAACAGGUAUUAACUCCACAGAGCCAGACAUGAUACCCACUGAAAACGAUCCCGCAAGGACAACGGAACAAAGGACAAACUUUACGAUAGGAGAAGUGAGCCCAGCUUCCUCUGUGGUAUCCCCAGAAGUGACACUCGCUGAGGGCGGGCCUGAUGAAGCUGUCAGACAAGUCUGUGACCGAUUCACCUUCCUGCAAAUGAAAAGGAAUGGGAAGGUGAAGCAGGAGCUGCCUCAGCUAGGAGAAAUGCUGUAUUGCUUGACUGAUCGCUGCCCACAGGAAUUUGAAUCCUACGGCUGCUACUGUGGCCAAGAAGGAAGAGGUUAUCCCACGGAUGUACUGGAUAGGUGCUGUUUUUCCCAUCAUUGCUGUAUGGAGCAAGUUAAAAAACUUGGAUGCCAGCCAGAAGGAAGUAUGAGAUCUGAAGUCAUAUGUUUAGAUCACAAACCAAAGUGCAUUGGCUGGAGCAUGUGCGAAAAGCUACUCUGUACCUGUGACAGGACAGCUGCUGAGUGUAUGGCUGCCGCCUCUUUCAAUGAAAGCUUGAGGUUCCUAACCAGGCAAGCAUGCCAAGAGAACAAAGCCUCAUGCCGGAGUGGCAUAGCUGAAAGGCCCUCGGGUGCCAUUGGAGUAGGCACCAGAACAUCCAGUUCUGAAGAGAGCAGUGAGGAGGCAGGUCCGUGGAGGAGUGCUUUAAGAAGAAUAAAGAGAGCUGCCCACCAUCCACUGGGAAAAGCCAGAUUCACAACACAGGAGAAUAGUAACAGAGAUGUAGCCGUGUUAGUCUAGUCUAGCUGAAAAAAAAACAGGACUAUGUAGCACUUUAAAGACUAACAAGAUGGUUUAUUAGGUGAUGAGCUUUCGUGGGGCAGACCCACUUCCUCAGAUCAAAUUGUGGAGAUAGCUAAGUCUCUAUGAUCAAUUGGGAAGCGGCAUGGAGGGUUUCCCAAUCAACCACUGUUGUGUUCUCUUUUAUCUUUGUAAAUUCUCUUUUCCAUUUUCCUACAGACUAAGUAACAGGUUACAUACAUUAAGAUAUAGAACUCUGUACUACAGGGAAACCUGCACUAAGGACCUUUCCACUUGUCUUACAUGAUUAUUUGAAAGCAUCCAGAACAGUUUUGUUCAACUUUUAAGCAAAGACCCAUCUGGCAAGUGACUGAUGUUUGCUAACACCUCUGGUAGGUGUUAGACCAUGAAGUUUUAAUUAGUGGGACUACUCAGCUGUUUCAGAGUGAGUAGGGAUGUGUGUAUGUUUCAAAGGUCAGGGUCUUAAACAAAACAGGCUGUUCUCUCCAGUCCAUUCUGAGCUUUUCUUGGUCUCAAGCUCACAUUAGACAUACAGUUUUGAAUAAGCGGUGAGGAGUCCUGUGGCACCUUAUAGACUAACCGAAG